AUGAUAGAAGGAAAAAUAAACGCACGCCCUCCGUCAGAUGGCAGUAACAACCCUAACUCGAAAUACAAAGCAGGAAAGGGACGUCAAAGCAGGGAGAAGAAGGACGAAGGAAAAUGUCUGGAGCAAAAUGAGGACAUUCAAAUUGCUAUCGAUUAUAAAAAUAACUUGAACACGGAAUGCGUUGGAAAGUUAAACUCCAAAUUUAGUGAUGACAGAAUUCGAGACAAUAAUCAAACGGAUGCCUUUUCCGAUAAAAGGGAGAGGAUGGUGAAGGCCUCCCGGUCGACCCACUCCGGGAUGCAGGAUGAUUUCAUCUUAGAGGACAUGGACGACUCGUUCGAUGGACAAAAAAACAGCAUCGACAUGGUGGAGGUGAAGAGUUCCAGCGAGAAAAAAAAAGUGCGGAAAGUCAUGUACAUCCGAUUGAUAUACGCCCUGCUGUUCACAAUAUUUGGAAUCCUCUUCCAGUGUUACUUUAUCAUACUAAGUGACACCUACUACAAUACGGGAGACGAGCCGCUGAAGGAUAGAAUCCACGAGCUGUAUAAAAAAGUACCAGCAUUUAUGAAUCCGAGCUUUAUAAAUUCCAGCAUCAUGAUUUUUCUAAUCAUUACUCUAUUGAGAUUUGGCCUUUUUUCUCCCUUCCUAAUCUCCAUUAGUAUGUUUAUUAGGCUACUCAUAAUACUGUCUUGCAUCUACUGCAUAAGGUCAAUUUUUAUAUACGUCACGACGAUCCCAUGCCCAAUAGCUACCUGCCAGCCAGUGAGAAAUAAAAGUUUAAUUGAAAAUUUAUAUACCACUUAUCAGAUAAUAACCGCGCAAGUGUAUGAAUGUACGGAUUUGAUUAUUUCUGGGCAUACUGCCUUUACCACAGUUUUGAAAUUUUUUUGGCUGUUUUAUGAAAAGAAGAUUUACAUAAAGGCGGUGCUUUUCCUUUACUGCCUGUUUAUCUAUAGCAUGAUUGUGAUUUCCAGAUUUCACUACACGGUGGAUGUGCUCAUGGGCUACGUCUUCGGGUCUUCAAUGUUUCUCCUAUAUCACAGCCUGCUGGAGAUUGCCGCCAAGCGGUACGCCAAGCACAGGUCCUUCUCCCUCCAGAAUUCCACUUACGCGACAUCCUUUGUCGAGCGCUGCUCAGUGUUCAACUACUUCAUUCAGGCAAUAGGGUUCAUGGAGGGACUGGACCACAGGCUGAACAUGGCCGCUUCGUAUGACAAGGAAUGGAACUGCUUCUGCCCGUGCAAGCCCGUGAAUGCAAAAGGACUCAUAAUAAAAAAGAGGACCGUGAACAACGAAGAGUACUGCGAUUUUAGCGACCACUUUUACCAUUCCUAUGCCGGCAGCGGGUCCUUUGAUUUAUCAACCCCUAAGAACAUUGUGAACGAAAUAAAGUACCUGUGUGGAAUUCGGAGAAAGAAUUAACUCCUGAGUCUGUGCGUAUAUGCUCGCAUACAUAUGCGCAUAU